AACGAGGUACAUCAAACCUGGCGGCAUCCCUUCGACCCUCCUUGAUUCCCCCGUGGCUUUAGACCUUAGAAGUCUAAUUUGCAGACUCUCCCCAAAGCUGCCAACCCCAGCCUCUCUUCCCCAGCCCCUGUGGCCAGCUCAGGGCAGAAACCAGCGCCCUAAGCCGCUGCACCUUUCAGCAUCCCGGGCAUCUGCUUCUUCGAAGUCCCUCUUGUUGUACACCAUUUCGCCACACCUGGGGGGUCUGAUUGCCUUUCUUCCCCAAACCGCCAAAACUUCAGAACCCAGCAGCUCUUCCUAAACACCUUACCCGUUCCAACCCCUGCUGAGUCCCACGGGUCGCCUGCUACUAUGAGCUGCCCCAUUGACAAACGGCGCGCCCUGAUCGCUUUUCUGCGCCGACUGCGCGACCUCGGACAGCCCCCAAGGUCCGUGACAUCCAAGGCGAGCUCUUCCCGCGCGCCAAAAGAGGUGCCCCUCUGCCCGCUGAUGACAGACGGUGAGACUCGAAACGUCACCUCCUUGCCUGGGCCCACCAACUGGCCACUGCUAGGGAGUCUACUGGAGAUUUUUUGGAAAGGUGGCCUGAAGAAACAGCACGACACGCUGGCAGAGUACCACAAGAAGUAUGGCCAGAUUUUCCGGAUGAAGCUGGGCUCCUUCGACUCCGUGCAUCUGGGCUCGCCGAGCCUGCUGGAAGCUCUGUACCGCACAGAGAGCGCGCAUCCCCAGCGACUGGAGAUCAAACCUUGGAAAGCCUAUCGCGACCACCGGAACGAAGCCUACGGGUUGAUGAUCCUGGAAGGACAGGAGUGGCAAAGGGUCCGCAGCGCCUUCCAGAAGAAACUCAUGAAGCCCGUGGAGAUCAUGAAGCUGGACAAGAAAAUCAAUGAGGUCUUGGCUGACUUUCUAGAGCGCAUGGAUGAGCUGUGCGAUGAGCGAGGCCGCAUCCCAGACCUGUACAGUGAGCUGAACAAGUGGUCCUUUGAAAGCAUCUGCCUUGUGUUAUAUGAGAAGAGAUUCGGGCUCCUUCAAAAGGAGACAGAAGAAGAAGCGCUGACCUUCAUUACGGCCAUCAAAACGAUGAUGAGCACGUUUGGGAAGAUGAUGGUGACCCCCGUGGAGUUGCACAAGCGCCUCAACACCAAAGUGUGGCAGGCGCAUACGCUGGCUUGGGACACCAUUUUCAAAUCAGUCAAACCCUGCAUCGACAACCGCCUACAGAGACAUUCCCAGCAGCCCGGGGCAGAUUUCCUCUGUGAUAUUUAUCAGCAAGAUCGCCUUUCCAAGAAGGAACUGUAUGCCGCUGUCACGGAGCUGCAGCUCGCUGCAGUGGAGACGACCGCGAACAGCUUGAUGUGGAUUCUCUACAACCUAUCCCGGAAUCCCCAAGCGCAACGGAGACUUCUUCAGGAAGUCCAGAGCGUGCUGCCUGACAAUCAGACGCCACGGGCGGAAGACCUGAGGAAUAUGCCCUAUUUAAAGGCCUGUCUGAAAGAAUCCAUGAGGCUUACCCCAAGUGUGCCAUUUACAACUCGGACCCUCGACAAACCAACGGUUCUGGGUGAAUACGCUCUACCCAAAGGAACAGUGUUAACCCUCAAUACCCAAGUGCUGGGUUCUAGCGAAGACAACUUUGAAGAUUCUCGUAAGUUCAGACCUGAACGCUGGCUUCAAAAGGAGAAAAAGAUCAACCCCUUCGCUCAUCUCCCAUUCGGCAUCGGGAAGAGAAUGUGCAUCGGGCGCAGGCUGGCUGAGUUACAGCUCCACCUGGCUCUCUGCUGGAUAAUCCAAAAAUACGACAUUGUGGCUACAGACAACGAACCUGUGGAGAUGCUGCACCUCGGCAUCCUGGUACCCAGCCGGGAGCUGCCAAUUGCGUUCCGUCCACACUAGGAUGCUGAGGUUUAUUUUCACCCCAAUCAAGACCAACAAUCUUCCCCUUUCUGCAAGAAAGCUGCUUAUGGCUUCAGUAUUCCUAAGACGGCGAACUUCAAGGACCAGAGCAUGGGACAACCUGCGAAACACGGCGCACAUAGCCUCCUGCAGAAUGAUUCUGACAAUGAUGUUUACUAAGCCCAUUACUCAGGGAAGCACAUGCGGGGCGAGAAUGCCAGGCACCGCCCACUACACUUUACCACGUGUUUACAUUAGCCAAUCAGAGCCCCUAAGAGCCUGCGAUCGCUCCAUCUUUGUGACAUCACGGGAGGCUGCUGGUCAGCCACUUUAGUAAAGGCUAUUAAGUGUUUCUGAUGCAAAACCCAAAGCAGCAGAGUUAAUUCCCGUUUACAUUUCAUGAAGAAAGACCUACUAUGCUUUAAUUGUCUCAGUGGGACUGACAAACCGUUUAUUAUACUCAGUUUCGUUCAAUAUUUGAGGAAACGCCUGCUGUAAACCGAGCUAAACAUUAGGCUCUCGUAAAGCUACUUUUCCUGCUUACAAGGGGAAACAUUGUUGGAAAUUAGAGAGUGUCUAUUUUAAGAAGUUCUACAGUGAAGCCAGCUCCUUGCUUAUGAAUGCCUCGUUGGUGCAGUCAGUGGACUCUAAUCUCUUAUUUCAUUGGUACCUUUCUCUGUGGUUUCAGGGUGUGGGGAUAGACGAAUCAAAAGUUUCUAAGCUGUGCGUGUGUCGGCGCAUGCAUGGGAAUGGCUGUGGGCCUGAGGGUACUUUGCUUCAGUCAUGUUUUUAUAAAGACAUGAGGUACCCAAUUUAGUGUGGAACUUGUCCUGAAAUUUAAUCAUAGGGCUUUCUGUGCCUUAACUUCUUCAUCUAUUCAAAUUGAGGACUGUAAUGUAUGCACUCUACUCAUGCUGCCUGUAAUGUACAGUGGGACUUGAACCCCUUGGAAAAGCACAAUUUCGUAAGCGCAAAACAGUUAUGCACUGCUGACAAAAUUUUAAAAUGUUUACAUAUAACCAGUACUGUUUUUCUAUAAAGGUUUACUGAUUAUUUCUAUAUAUUUGAUAAAGAUUUCCCUUUUAGGUUAUGGUUUUAGAAUAGUCUGAAAUAUAUGUACAUUUGAAUGAAUAUGUGUGUGUGGAUGACAGGUAUAUGCUUCGUCUUUCUUAUAAAAUUAUAUUUAGAGUGAUAAAUCCAGAAACUAAAGAUGUAGUUCUGUGGUAAAGAGUUUUGGCCUGGUCUAUGUUGGCUCCUGGGUUCAAUCCUCAGCACUACUAAGCAAUAAAAAAUAAAAUAAAGAAUUACACCUGUA